UCCCCGCCCGCCUGGCCGGGGACCCAGGACUGAGUCGUCCAGCUGCGCCCCUCGCCCAUAGCCCCAGCGGGCGCCGGGCGGGCGAGCAGCUCUUCGGCCCUUCCCGGACAGCGACGCAGUCGCAGCGCGCGCCCUAACACAGAUGUGGGAAGAUAAAUGAAGGGGUCUAGAUGUAAAUGUCAGUGGAAAGGAGAGCUACCAUCACUAAGACGUAUAUUAUAUAAGAAGCUCAUUGGAGAAGACAAAGCCUUAUUGAAAUAUCUGUCUGUUUUGGAAGGUUUAUAUUCCACAAGAUCCUGAAGAUACUUUCCUUCUUUUCCGGCUGAAAACACAGUUAAAUCACUUUCAAAGUUAAAAGACUAUUAAGAACACAAGAUGGGGACUCCUGGUUCUGGAAGGAAAAGAACACCUGUGAAAGACCGAUUUUCUGCAGAAGAUGAAGCUUUGAGUAACAUUGCCAGAGAGGCAGAGGCAAGGCUGGCAGCAAAACGGGCUGCCCGGGCAGAAGCAAGAGAUAUACGCAUGAGAGAACUGGAACGGCAACAAAAAGAGGAAGAUUCGGAAAGGGCCAGGUAUUCCCACCGGUCCAGUCACCAUCGUCCUUAUCUGGGUGUUGAGGAUGCAUUGUCCAGUCGAAGUGUUGGCAGUCACAGGUAUGAUAUGUUCAAGGAUAGAUCAUCAAGACUUUCAUCAUUAAAUCAUUCUUACAGUCACUCUCAUGGAAUGAAGAAGAGGUCUUCUGAUUCUCAUAAAGACCUACUGAGUGGCCUCUACUUUGACCAGAGAAACUAUAGCAGUCUUAGACAUAGCAAACCCACCUCUGCCUACUACACUCGGCAGUCUUCUUCCCUGUACAGUGACCCUCUGGCAACAUAUAAGAGUGACAGGGCAUCAUUGUACAAUGGUGGAUUAUAUAACCCUUAUGGUUCUCGAACUCCAUCUGAAUGCAGUUAUUACUCAUCAAGAAUAAGUUCAGCCCGAAGCAGUCCAGGGUUUACCAACGAUGACACUGCAAGCAUUGUGUCUUCUGAUCGUGCCAGUCGUGGACGAACGGAGAGUGUGGUAUCUGCCGCUGAUUAUUUCAGUCGCUCCAAUCGUAGGGGAAGUGUUGUCUCUGAGGUGGAUGACAUCAGUAUCCCAGAUUUGUCCAGCUUGGAUGAAAAAUCUGACAAACAGUAUGCUGAAAAUUAUACAAGACCUUCAUCUCGAAAUUCUGCCUCAGCAACAACUCCUCUAAGUGGAAACUCAUCCAGACGAGGAAGUGGGGACACCAGCAGCUUAAUAGAUCCAGACACUUCAUUAAGUGAAUUGCGGGAUAUCUAUGACCUUAAGGACCAGAUACAGGAUGUAGAAGGGAGAUACAUGCAGGGGCUUAAAGAACUAAAGGAAUCUUUGUCUGAAGUGGAAGAAAAGUACAAGAAAGCCAUGGUUUCCAAUGCACAGUUAGACAAUGAGAAGAACAAUUUGAUCUACCAAGUAGACACACUCAAGGAUGUUAUUGAAGAGCAGGAGGAACAGAUGGCAGAAUUUUAUAGAGAAAAUGAAGAAAAAUCAAAGGAGUUAGAAAGGCAGAAACAUAUGUGUAGUGUGCUGCAGCAUAAGAUGGAAGAACUUAAAGAAGGCCUGCGGCAAAGAGAUGAGCUUAUUGAGGAGAAGCAGCGCAUGCAGCAGAAAAUAGACACCAUGACAAAAGAGGUGUUUGACCUCCAGGAGACACUUCUUUGGAAAGAUAAAAAAAUUGGGGCCCUAGAGAAACAGAAAGAAUACAUUGCCUGCCUUAGGAAUGAGCGAGAUAUGCUCAGAGAGGAGCUGGCUGACCUGCAGGAGACAGUGAAGACGGGAGAGAAACAUGGCUUAGUUAUAAUCCCCGAUGGCACUCCCAAUGGUGAUGUCAGUCAUGAACCAGUGGCUGGAGCCAUCACUGUUGUGUCUCAGGAAGCUGCUCAGGUCUUGGAGUCAGCAGGAGAAGGGCCAUUAGAUGUAAGGCUACGAAAACUUGCUGGAGAGAAGGAAGAACUACUGUCACAGAUUAGAAAACUGAAGCUUCAGUUAGAGGAGGAACGACAGAAAUGCUCCAGGAAUGAUGGCACAGUGGGUGACCUGGCAGGACUGCAGAAUGGCUCAGACUUGCAGUUCAUCGAAAUGCAGAGAGAUGCCAAUAGACAAAUUAGCGAAUACAAAUUUAAGCUUUCAAAAGCAGAACAGGAUAUAACUACCUUGGAGCAAAGUAUUAGCCGGCUUGAGGGACAGGUUCUGAGAUAUAAAACUGCUGCUGAGAAUGCUGAGAAAGUUGAAGAUGAAUUGAAAGCAGAAAAACGGAAGCUACAACGAGAGUUACGAACAGCACUGGACAAGAUUGAGGAGAUGGAGAUGACCAACAGCCACCUGGCCAAGCGGCUGGAGAAGAUGAAGGCCAAUAGGACAGCACUUCUGGCCCAGCAGUAGGAAAACCACCCUUCAACCUGGGUGAUGCUCCUUGGGGCCCUACCUAGAGGGACUGACUUUUGUCCAUUGACACAAACCCCUUUUAGUACUGUUUUGAGUUUUGUCAUUAAAACAGCCACCUUUGUAUUUUAUAAUUUAUGAGAGAAUGAAGUCAUUUUGGAUCUACAUGAAUGAACACUUUGGAUUUUGUUGUAGUUUGAUUCUAGGGUAGAACCAGUCCAUGCUGUUUUUAUUUUUUAUCUCCGUAAUUGUAGAAUCAUGUUUACUCAACAUUUUUCCCCAGCUGCCUCAGUAACUGGGCACUCGGAGGCCUUGGCACGGGUUCUGGAGGACAGACAGCAAUUCUGUGAGUGCUCACUGAGAUACUUGCUGGAGACCUCAGAAAACACAAGUGCCUUCUCCACGGUGCAAUUCAGACUUCAGUGAUCGCCAGUGGUCAAAAGACAUUUACCCUUAAUAUCAGACAACAUUUAUAUUUUAGUGAAGAAACAAGUUCUCGGGUGGGGAAUCUAUGUUUCACUCAAAUUUGUAUGUUUGGAGGAAAAAAGCCUUUUUUUUGUAAAAUAUUUAAAUUUAUAUAAGAAAAUGUUAGAAAAAAAUAUGGGGAGUGUAUAUAAAACUUGCUUUAUUGCAUGGGGCAGGGGAAGUCCAGGCCUAAUACUCUUAAAGUAAGAGUUGGGUCCUUUUUUUCUUCAAUACAACUGUGCUGUACCUUGUAAAGUAUUUUAUCUGCUGCUUAUUUGUGGAAUGAAACCUCAAACAAACCCAAAGGGGGAGGGGAGGGCAGGGCAGGCAGAUUGGAAAUCUGCCUGCAGAUUCUAUUAAAUACACCCUUUUGCCAACCACAA